AUGGCGGUAGAGGAGGGUGGCUGCGUGAACAAUGCCUUUGACGCAGUUGACGAUGGCUUCCAUACAAUAGAUUUGCGCAGCAACCAGCGAGGAAAUGACUCAAAACAGCCUGAAGCUGAGGCUGAGUCAGAGCCUCAUGGAGGCCAGGAAAUCCACGCGCUACGCUGCGGCUGGGGCAUGUUUCGACCAGCAUGGCUUCAGCGCUUUCGGACUGCGAAAUGGGCACUAUUCUGGCUGUGCUGGGCUGGCGCUAUACAGGGUAUGGUGGUUAAUGGGUUCGUAAACGUGGUAAUCACUACAAUAGAGAAGCGGUUUGGUCUCCGUUCAAUGCAGACGGGCGUUGUUGCUGGAGGCUACGACAUGGCAUCAUUUGCGUGCCUCGCGCCAGUCACGUAUCUGGGCGGCAGAAUGGGCUCCUCCAAGCCACGCUGGCUGGGCUGGGGCGUACUGUUGAUGGGCACAGGCUCGCUGAUCUUCGCGCUACCACACUUUCUCGUGCCACCAUACAGAAUCGCCGGAGACGAGCCCGAAGACCUCUGCACAGCUAACAGAACUAUUUCUAUGAACCACUGCGAUUCGGACUCCACAUCCGAGGGUGGUGCGUGGGCGGUGGGAGUAUUCGUGUUCGCCCAACUCUUGCACGGCGCUGGCGCCACGCCGCUCUUCACCCUCGGCGUCACCUACAUCGACGAAAACGUUUCCAAGAAGAUGUCUUCUGUAUAUCUGGGUGUAUAUUACACGAUGGCGGUUGUCGGCCCAGCGCUGGGGUACGUGCUUGGUGGACAAAUGCUCAACAUCUAUACAGACUUUCCAACGGUCGACUCAGAAACGAUUGGAAUAACACCGCAGAGUUCCGUGUGGAUUGGUGCCUGGUGGGUCGGCUUCAUACUGUCCGCUAUUUUGUGCCUCAUCGUGGCGAUCCCGUUGCUCGCUUUUCCCUACGAGUUGCCAGGUGCUGCUGAAAUCAGAGCAUCGAAAGUAUCCGAGGCACAUGAAGGAGCAGCCUCAAAGUCAGCUGCAUUCAGCGCUUUACACGAGCUUCCUCAAGCUACUGUAGCGCUGAUGAGGAACCCCACUUUUGUGUUCCUGAACCUGGCGGGUGCAAGCGAAGGGAUGCUAAUUUCUGGGUUUGCCGCAUUUCUACCGAAACUAAUCGAGAAUCAGUUCGCUGUCAGUGCAUCGGAAGCUGCUUUGUUAUUAGGUGUAAUCACAGUCCCAGCGGGCGGUGGCGGAACGUUCAUUGGAGGUUGGUUGGUAAAGCGCUGGAAAUUAGCUUGUGCCGGUAUCAUCAAGCUCUGCGUUGCGGUGACAUUGAUAGCUGCAGUAUUCACGUUUUCCUUCGUGCUCUCCUGCGAUGACUAUCCCUUUGCCGGGGUCACUGUAAAUUACAACAGUCCCAGCGUGACAGGGGGCGGCGCGCUGGCGGCGCAGUGCAACGCGGGCUGCGGCUGCGAGCGCGCGCGCUACGCGCCGGUGUGCGGGCGCGACGCGCGCGUGUACUACUCGCCGUGCCACGCCGGUUGCCGCGCCGCCACGCGCAACGACUCCGCGCAGCUGUACCGCGACUGCGCCUGCGUGCAGCAUGACGGUUGGCAUCCUAUUUACUAUGGCUCACUAAGUUCUUUAUGUCCAGAUUCCAACUCAUCUAUGCCGUAUGACGCCAUAAACAGCGUUUGCAGCUCCGACUGCCCGUAUCUAUGGUCGUUCGUGUUCCUCGCUUUCUGUGUGAUGCUGUUCACUUUCUUGGCGACGAUGCCAGCGCUCUCAGCGACACUAAGGUGUGUAAGAGAAGAUCAGCGAUCGUUCGCGCUGGGUAUUCAGUGGAUCAAAGUUCGACUCUUGGGUACGAUUCCUGCGCCGCUACUCUUCGGCUUCCUUAUCGAUCUAUCGUGUUCCCUGUGGGAGAAGACUUGUGGCAGCACAGGCGCCUGUUUGCUUUACGAUAACUUGAAUAUGAGCAGGUACAUGUUAGCGCUGGCCCUAGUGGGUAAGUUAUGUUCGGUGGUGUUCUUCUUCCUGGCGUGGUGGUGCUACCGUCCGCCCGGUGGUAAGAACGGCAACGGCGUCGCGCCCGCCCUGGAGCUGGGCGCCGGCGACAAGCCGCCCACCAUCAGCGCUGGCCAAACCAACGGGCUGCAGCCCCACGAGAACGGAUACUGCAACGCUGCCUUGGAGUGUACUGAUCAUUUGUAG